AAUAAAAGAAAAACACGGGACAAUAGGAGACAGACGAUUCCCGUGAAGGACGAAGGCAGCACGGAUAUAUUCUAGUCGGGACUCUGUGGAGAUUUUUCCGGGAAGAAAAGCUGUGCAUGUCCCAGCCGGAGGAGUAUAAACCCGGACCGGAGGGUCGCACCGACUGUCUCUGAGCCCCGCAGCCGCCAGGCAGCAACCCUCCGCCGGCAUGACCCUCACAGGGGGCUCCGCCCUCCUCCUGCUGCUGCUCUCCGCCCGCAUACAGGUGUGUUCAGCGUCCGGAGACUUUGAGCUCCAGAUUGUGUCGAUGCAGAACGCCAACGGGCAGCUGCAGACGGGCGCCUGCUGCGACGGGGCGCUGGACGCGUCGGAGCAGCGCUGCACAGCGGACGAGUGCGACACCUACUUCCGGGCGUGUCUGAAGGAGUACCAGCUGAAGGUCUCCUCGGCCGGGCCCUGCAGCUACGGCAGCGCAGCCACGCCCGUGCUCGGCGGGAACUCCUUCUCUCUGGGCGCCGCCGAGGACGAUGGAGAGGGCGCCGCCCGCAUCACGCUGCCGUUCAGCUUCGCGUGGCCGAGGUCGUAUACGUUGAUCGUGGAAGCCUUGGACUUCAACAACGACUCGUCCUCCAGCAGCAGCGCGCUGAUCGAGAGGGCCGUGCACUCUGGGAUGAUCAACCCGAGCCGCCAGUGGCAGAGUCUGGAGCACAACGGCCCCGUCGCUCGCUUCCACUUCCGGGUCCGCCUCAGCUGCCACGAGCACUACUACGGCUUCGGCUGCAACAAGUUCUGCCGCCCGCGGGACGACUUCUUCGGACACUACGAGUGUGACCACAACGGCAACAAGACGUGCCUGGAGGGCUGGUCCGGGCCCGACUGCAACACGGCGAUCUGCAGACAGGGCUGCAGCUCUGAACACGGCUCCUGUAAAACUCCUGGAGAGUGCAAAUGUCUGUACGGCUGGCAGGGUGAGUACUGUGAUCAGUGUAUCCCUCACCCUGGCUGUGUUCACGGCAGCUGUGUGGAGCCCUGGCAGUGUCUCUGUGACACCAACUAUGGAGGACAGCUGUGUGACAAAGAUCUGAACACGUGUCGGACGCUGCGGCCGUGUUCGAACGGAGGAACCUGCAGCAACACGGGACCGGACAAAUACCACUGCUCCUGUCCCGACGGCUACUCCGGGGUCAACUGUCAGAGAGCGGAGCACGCCUGUCUGUCCAGCCCCUGUCUGAGUGGAGGAAGCUGUGUUGAAACCAGUCUGGGAUUCGAGUGUCGCUGUGCUGCUGGCUGGACUGGACCCUCCUGCUCCAUCAAUGUAGACGAGUGUCUGGUGAACCCCUGCAGCCAUGGAGGAAGCUGCCAGGAUCUGGUGAACGGUUUCCGGUGUACGUGUCCUCCCCAGUGGACAGGAAAGACCUGCCUCAUCGAUGCCAACGAGUGUGACGACAGCCCCUGCCUCAACGCCAACUCCUGCCGGAAUCUGAUUGGAGGAUACUUCUGCGAGUGCGUCCCAGGUUGGACGGGCCACAACUGUGACACCAAUGUCAACGACUGUCACGGUCAGUGUCGGAACGGAGCCACGUGCAAGGACCUGGUGAACGGGUAUACGUGUGCGUGUGCUCCGGGUUUCGGCGGCGAACACUGCGAAGAAGACGUGGACGAGUGUGCCAGCGGGCCAUGCCUCAACGGCGGCCGCUGCCAUGACGACGUGAACAGCUUCCACUGCCGGUGUCCGCCGGGCUUCUCCGGGAGCCGCUGUCAGUUGGACAUCGAUUACUGCCUCCAUGGUCCGUGUCUGAACGGCGGCCGCUGUUUCAACCUGGCGUCCGAAUACGUCUGCGAAUGUCCCGAAGACUUCGAGGGAAAGAACUGCUCGCACCUGAAGGACCACUGCCGCAGCUCGCCCUGCAAAGUGAUCGACAGCUGCACCGUGGCGGUGGCGUCCAACAGCACGCUGGGCGGGGUGCGUUUGAUCUCCUCCAACGUGUGCGGCCCCCGCGGGCGCUGUCGGAGCCACGCUGGAGGACAGUUCAGCUGCGAGUGUGACGAGGGAUUCACCGGGACCUACUGCCACGAGAAUAUAAACGACUGUGAGGGCGCCCCCUGUCUGAACGGAGGAACCUGUAUAGAUAAAGUCCGUCAGUUUGAGUGUAUCUGCGCCGACGGCUGGGACGGACCGACCUGCCACAAUAACGUGGAUGACUGCAGCUCGGCGCCCUGUCAGAACCGCGGCGUGUGUCGGGAUCUGCUCAACGACUUCUACUGCCAGUGUAACGACGGCUGGAAGGGAAAGACCUGCCACUCAAGGGAGAGUCAGUGCGACGAGGCGACCUGUAACAACGGAGGAACCUGCUACGACGAAGGAGACGCCUUCAAGUGUCUGUGUGCCGCCGGCUGGGAGGGCGCCACCUGCAACAUCGGGAGGAACAGCAGCUGUGUGCCGAGCCCCUGUGAGAACGGAGGAACCUGCGUGGCGGGCGGAGACUCGUUCAGCUGCGUCUGUAAGGACGGCUGGGAGGGCGCCACCUGCAGCCACAAUGCCAACGACUGCAGUCCUCAUCCCUGCUACAACAGUGGGACGUGUGUGGACGGAGACAACUGGUACCGCUGUGAAUGUGCUCCGGGGUUCGCCGGCCCAGACUGCAGGAUCAACGUCAACGAGUGCCAGUCGUCUCCCUGCUCCGCCGGCUCCACCUGUCUGGAUCAAAUCAACGCUUACCGCUGCGUCUGUCCUCCGGGAAGAACCGGCCCGCGCUGCCAGGAAGCGUCGGGGGGGCGGCCCUGCCUGGUUUCGGGGCUGCUGGCUCCGGAUGGAAGCAGAUGGGACGAAGACUGCAAUGCCUGCCGCUGUCGCAACGGGAGGAUCAGCUGCACCAAGCGGUGGUGCGGCCCAGCGCCCUGCAGCCUCCACGGUAAGCCCCGCGUUGGCGCCGAGUGUCCGGCGGGUCAGAGCUGCGUGGCCGUGCGGGACGAGCGCUGCUUCGUGAAGCCCUGCGCGGGACGCGGCGAGUGCUGGAGGCCCGGCCAGCUGGCCCCGCCCCCCACCAGGUGUCUCUCCGACAGCAGCUGCGCCAAUGUCACCUUCACCUUCAACAAGGACGUCAUGGCAACGGGUGUGACGGUGGAGCAGGUUUGCCAAGAGCUGCGGAGCCUCUACGUGGUCACCAACCUGUCCUCGGACUCCGCCGUCUCCAUGAGCUGCGAGCCGGCGCUCGGCGCCAGCAACCAGAUCCACGUGGCCAUCGCGCCGGAGGACCAGCGGAGCGGGCUGAGCUUCGUCACAGAGAUCACCGACCGGAUCAUGGACGUGGUCGGCAGGCGGAGCGCCAACGGCUCCGUGGUCGGUGCCAUCGCCGAGGUCCGGAUACAGAGACGCCAGAGCAGCGACCCCCGUGAUCACCUCGUGCCGCUGCUGGUUUCCGUGGCGAUCGUCGUCUGGGCGUUGGCGAGCGCCUCUGUGUUGCUGUGGUGCGUGCGGAGACGGAGGAAGCAGAGCGCCCACACGGGCGUCAGCACGCUGCCAGCAGGGGCGGCGCCGUGUCUGGCUCCGGGCGCUGAGGGCAACAACGCCCUCUACAAUGGCGCUGGCCCCACCGCCCGCGAGCAGCUCCGCCACAUCAGGAACCCCAUCGAGAAAAACCAGCAGCAGUCGCUCUGUGAGGACAAGAACGCUGCCGGCGCCAACAUCCGGAGGGCCGACGCCGGGAGGCAAUUGGACGAGGGCGACUUGGACAAGAGGCUGCAGAGGGCGCGGUGUCUCCGCGCGCCGCCUGCGUACUCACUGGUCGACUGGGAGGAGCAAGCCGCCUGGCAUACGGCGGGGAACGCAUCGCACUGGACGGGCAAACAGGACAACCGACAGCUGCAGUCCCAGAGCCUGAACAGGACGGAGUACAUCGUAUAACAACCCGUUCUCAUUCCGAACUCGUAAAAUAAGGACGUUUGGACAGUGUCUGUCAGUCAGC